AUGGCUGGAGGAACAACAGGUCUGUCCUGACAGCUGUGUGCUCUCUCCCACCCAAAGAAAGCAGCAGAGACUCAGACAGCAACGUCUGGAGUAGCCCACGCUGUCUGUUACCAGCACGGUGUGAAGGAGCUUAAGGGCAGCAGGAUGGAAUCAGAAAGAGAAAUCAUUGAUCUUCAACCUGGGAACUCCAACUCCAGGAGGAGCCAGCCCAUCAACUUGAACCAUUAUGCCACCAAGAAGAGUGUGGCAGAGAGCAUGCUGGAUGUGGCCCUCUUUAUGUCCAAUGCCACGCGGCUGAAAGCAGUGCUGGAGCAAGGGCCAUCCUCUUAUUACUAUACCACCCUCAUCACUCUCAUCAGCAUCUCCCUGCUUCUGCAGGUGGUCAUCGGAAUCCUCUUGGUGGUCAUUGCACGGCUGAACCUGAACGAGGUAGAAAAGCAGUGGCAAUUAAACCAGCUCAACAAUGCUACCACCACCCUGGUGUUCAUCACUGUUGUCAUCAACAUUUUCAUUACAGCCUUCGGGACACAUAAGACAGGGUUCCUGGCUGCCAGGACCUCAAGAAAUCCUUUCUGAACAAAGUCUGGGGCCCAGGU